ACAACCUCUACAACUUCAGCACCCAAUACGUCAUUCACAACUGCAGGUCCUACUACCAUUUUACCUGCUUCGACAACCACAACUGUAUCUCCUACGACAACCACAACAACAUCCACUACAACAACUGUAGCUCCAUCAACACCAAUCACAACUGCAGGUCCUACAACCAUAUUAACUCCUACGACAACCACAACUGAAGCAAAUACAGAAAUCACAACUGUAGCUCCAUCAACACCAAUCACAACUGCAGCUUCAACUACAACAACUGCUGCUCCUACGACCACAGCUGCAGCAGCUCCUACAACAACAACUGUAGCUGCUUCCACAAACAAAACAGCAGCACCUACUACGUCAAUCACAACUGCAGGUCCUACUACCAUUUUAACUCCUACGACAAGCACAACUGAAGCUCCUUCAGAAGUGACAACUGUAGCUCCUUUGACCCCCACAAUUGCAGCUUCCACUUCAACAACUGUAGCUCCCACGACCACUACUACAGCUGCUUCCACAACUACUACUGCAGCCCCUACUCUCUACAAUGCCCAUGACAACUGCAGGUCCUACUACCAUUUUACCUCCUACGACAACCACAACUGUAUCACCUACGACAAUCACAACAACAUCCACUACAACAACUGCAGCUCCUACAAUGUCAAUCUCAACUGCAGAUUCUACUUCAACAACUGUAGCUCCCACAACCACUACAACUGCAGCAGCUCCUACAACAACAAUUCUUCAACUACAACAACUGCCUCCUACGACCACAGCUGCAGCAGCUCCUACAACAACAACUGUAGCUGCUUCCACAAACAAAACAGCAGCACCUACUACGUCAAUCACAACUGCAGGUCCUACUACCAUUUUAACUCCUACGACAAGCACAACACUGAAGCCUUCAGAAGUGACAACUGUAGCUCCUUUGACCCCCACAAUUGCAGCUUCCACUUCAACAACUGUAGCUCCCACGACCACUACUACAGCUGCUUCCACAACUACUACUGCAGCCCCUACUAUUCUACUUCAACAACUGUAGCUCCCACAACCACUACAACUGCAGCAGCUCCUACAACAACAAUUGUAGCUGCUUCCACAACUACUACUGCAGCCCCUACUGCAACAACAACUGAAGAUCCUUCUACAACAACUGUAGCACCAACGACAUCAGCAACAGCAGUCCCUACGACAACUGCAGCUAAUACUUCAACUGUAGCUCCUACAAUGCCAUUCACAACUGCAGCAACAACUCUUGCGCCUACAACCUCUACAACUUCAGCACCCAAUACGUCAACCAUUUUACCUCCUACGACAACCACAACUGAAGCUAAUACAGACAUCACAACUGUAGCUCCUAUGACCACCGCAAUUGCAGCUUCAACUACAACAACUGCUGCUCCUACGACCACAACUGCAGCAGCUCCUACAACAACAACUGUAGCUGCUUCCACAAACAAAACAGCAGCACCUACUACGUCAAUCACAACUGCAGGUCCUACUACCAUUUUAACUCCUACGACAAGCACAACUGAAGCUCCUUCAGAAGUGACAACUGUAGCUCCUUUGACCCCCACAAUUGCAGCUUCCACUUCAACAACUGUAGCUCCCACGACCACUACUGCAGCUGCUUCCACAACUACUACUGCAGCCCCUACUGCAACCACAACUGAAGCUCCUUCUACACCAACGACAUCAGCAACAACAGUCCCUACGACAACUGCAGCUAAUACUUCAACUCUUCAACUACAACAACUGCUGCUCCUACGACCACAACUGCAGCAGCUCCUACAACAACAACUCUUCCACUUCAACAACUGUAGCUCCCACGACCACUACUGCAGCUGCUUCCACAACUACUACUGCAGCCCCUACUGCAACCACAACUGA